AUGAAGACUCAAUCGCUUACACUCCUCGGCCUUUUGGCCACGACCACGCUCGCACACAAGGAGAGCAGUCCCGCCGUUUACAAGCGUCAUGCCGAUCUUUCCAAGCGAUGCGCCAACAGCGCCGCCAACUUCAACAAGAAGAGAUGGGAGAAGCGUAGCGAGGAGGCAUCUCUGCUAAAGGCCCGCACGGCCAACACCACCUAUUCCAUCACUACAGAGGCCCCCUACUAUGAGGUUCUCCAGAACGACACUUGCGUCUUGGCACCCGAUGUCACCGCCGGACCCUACUACUGGCCUCGCUCGCAAACCCUGCGCCAGGACAUGACUGAAGACCAGAUUGGUGUUCCCUUGACCCUUGACGUUGGUGUCCUGGACAUGGCCACCUGCGAGCCCUUGCCCAACGCCCUCGUUUCUUUCUGGCACUGCAACAGCACCGGAAGCUACUCCAGCUUUACUGGCCGUGACCCCAACACCGAUUUCCGAGAGCUGCUCGAGUCGCUUAACGUUACCGACUUCGAAAUUGGCACGACUGACCUCCACACCGACGAUACCACUUGGCUCCGUGGCAUGUGGCCUACUGACAGCGAAGGUGUCCUCGAGAUGAAGACCAUCUUCCCUGGCUUCUAUAUCCAGCGUUCAAUCCACAUCCACGCUCAAGUUUUCACUGACUGGGUCCUGCACUCCAACGGCACCAUUGUUACCGGCAACACAAACUCGAUUGGCCAGCUCUACUUCAACGAGUCUGUUUCCGAGACACUCAUGGCGCUUGAGCCUUAUGUCAGCCACACCGAGAUCAACCGAACCACCAACGACGUCGACUCCGUUUACUCCGAGGGUUUCUCCAACGGCUACAACCCCGUCAUUGACAUUGUCGCUGCCGACGGUGUCGAUAUUGCCAACGGUGUCAUUGGCUACAUCACCAUUGGCAUCGACACAACCAACAGCCCUGGCCUCAGCGGCUCCACAUCUUCCGGAGGAGGUUCUGCCCCGGAUGCAUCUAACACUACCGCUCCGGCAGCUUAG